CCAGCAGGAAGACCAAGAAGAAGGAAGGCGGAGCCCUCCGAGCCCAGAGGGCCUCUUCCAAUGUCUUCUCCAACUUUGAGCAGACCCAAAUCCAGGAGUUCAAGGAGGCGUUCACGCUGAUGGAUCAGAACCGAGACGGGUUCAUUGACAAGGAGGACCUGAAGGAUACCUACGCCUCCCUGGGCAAAACCAACGUCAAGGAUGAUGAGCUGGACGCCAUGCUCAAAGAGGCCUCGGGGCCCAUCAACUUCACCAUGUUCCUGAACCUGUUUGGAGAGAAGCUGAAUGGUACGGACGCCGAGGAGACCAUCCUGAACGCCUUCAAGAUGCUUGACCCUGAUGGCAAAGGCAGUAUCAACAAGGACUACAUCAGGCGUCUGCUGAUGUCCCAGGCCGACAAGAUGACCACAGAAGAGGUCGACCAGAUGUUCCAGUUCGCCUCCAUUGACGCUGCGGGCAACUUGGACUAUAAGGCGCUGAGUUAUGUCAUUACCCAUGGGGAGGAGAAGGAAGAGUGAG